AUGAAGAGGAGUCGUGAUCUUGGGGAGGAGCUGGAGCUCUUGAUCAGCAAGCUCUGCAGCCCCAAGGAGUUGGCCAAGUACCAGAUGUUCACUGGUGCUUUGGAGGUGGUGGUGACACUCUGGCUGAAGCUCUCAGGAUGCCUGGCUCGUGUGGAGCCCCUUCUGAGCAGCCUGGGGGAGAUGCCCCAGCGCAGAGCGGGCGUGCGAGCGGCGCUGCGCUGCGCUGCGGGGGCGGCGCGGGACGGGCGGCAGCCGGAGCUGUCCCUGGGGCCGCUGUGCCCGCGCUCGCCGGCGCCCGCUGGCAGUUGCCGCCCCAACGGCGAGUUGCGGCCGCUCGUCCGGGGGCUGCUGCCGCGGCUCCUGCGCAGCGUCCGAGCGCUUCUCUCUGUUUCUUGUGGCUCAGAUGUCAGUUUAAAGAACACGGAGAGUGAGACUCCAGCCCAGUGCACUGGCCUGAGCUCUGAGGUCUGGGUGGCCCUGGAGACAAAGAAGACUCUUGAAGAAACAUCUAAUGAGAGGCUUACCCAGACAGAGAAGGUGCUGAGCAGAGACAUCUCCCGGGGUUACGAGUGGGUCCCGAUUCCCUGUGUCAAUGCUGUGGACAGUGAGCCGUGUCCCAGCGACUUCAAAUACAUUGUGAAGAGCUGCUUCACCUCCGCAGUGGCCGUUGACAGCAACGUCACUCAUUUACAGCGCUGCGCGUGUGCGGACGACUGCUCCUCCAGCACCUGCGUGUGUGGGCAGCUCAGCGGGCGCUGCUGGUACCGGCAGGAUGGCCGACUGCUGCCUGGAUUCAAGCAGAGGAACCCCCCGUGUAUCGUCGAGUGCAACCCCAUGUGCUUGUGCUGGCGAACCUGCAGGAACCGCGUGGUGCAGAACGGGCCCCGGGUUCAGCUACAGCUGUUCCGCACACGAGAGAUGGGCUGGGGUGUGAGAACCAUGGAGGACAUUCCAGCAGGAACCUUUGUGUGCGAGUACGUCGGUGAGGUGAUCUCCGAUGCCGAGGCAGAGCUCCGUGAAGACACCUACCUGUUCGACCUGGACAACGAGGCAGGAGACGUGUACUGCAUCGAUGCGCGUUUCUAUGGCAACAUCGGCCGCUUCAUCAACCAUCACUGCGAGCCCAACGUCUUCGCUGCCAGGGUCUUCACAUCCCAUCAGGACGUGCGCUUCCCCAGGCUGGUCUUCUUCAGCACGAGGGACAUCAGAGCUGGAGAGCAGCUUGGCUUCGACUACAAGGAGGAUUUCUGGGCCGUCAAAGGCAAAUCCUUCAGCUGCAAAUGCGGCUCUGGCAGGUGCAAGUACACGAGCUGGGCGCUGGCCAAGCGCCAGGCGCGCGCCAUGGCCCGCAGCAGGAAGCCAAAGGAGGCCCCUGUCAGCAGCUGGGCAGCAAAGGCUCCAUGGCACAGGCACUGA